AUGGCUGAUUCCAUCCAGCUGUUCCCUCUGGGCACGUUUGACUCUCUUUCGUCGGGCUGUGCGGGAGCCUUGGCUGCGAGCCUCUCCUGUCCCUACCUCGAAACAGACGACACUGUCUACGAGGCUUCCUCCAACUUCACCACCGACACUCUUUCCUCUCUUUGCACUGAUAACUGCACGCAGUCUAUCCAGCAGUAUCGCGUCGACGUGGAAUCUGCUUGUGGGAAUGAGACUUAUUCCGAUUCUGACAUGGGGGUCAAUUCUUUGGCCUUGAAACCCAUAGCCUUUGCUGAUUACUAUUUCAACAACUACUGGCAGCGCUGUUUGACCGACAGCGACGGAAACUUUUGCUACAUCAAGUUUCUCACAGGCGACGCCGGGUCCAGCGGUAGCCUGACCUGUGAUGAGUGCGAGCUCAAAGUGCUCCAGACGGAGCUGAAAGACCCUUGGAGAUACGAUGAGGAUCUCGCAGCUACCUAUGCCUCCCUUACUUCGAGCUGCAAGGUCACCGACAUGCCAGCUACGAGCCCGCCCAGUGUCAUCGUCAGCAGCACAUCGGCACCAGCCACAACUCCCACCUGCACCGGGAAAUCUGUUCCCAUCCAGAAUGGUGACACGUGCGACUCGAUAGCAGCAGACAACUCGAUUUCCACGUGGAACCUCCUGGCCAGCAACGGCCUCGAUGGUGGCUGCGCCAACUUCCCAAGCAACGGCACGCUCUGCGUGGAGUCUUCAUGCGAGACCUAUCAGGUUUCCGCGAACGAUACCUGCAGCGGCAUUGCUGAAGCGCACAACAUCACCCAAACCCAACUGAAGACCUACAACCCGCAGCUGAAUACGAAGUGCAGCAACAUCGAUCAAACUGUCGGGCACUACAUCUGCAUUGGGAGCCCGUACGGCAAGGUUGGAUCGGGCGACACCACCAGUCGGCCUGUCAGCACGACGACAACUCCAGUUGCCGUGCCUACCGAUGCUGCGCCGGGAAGCAACGAGCGCUGUUCACGCUGGCAUGAAGUUGUCGAAGGAGAUUACUGCGCAUACCUGACGAUGAGGUACAGUAUCACUCUCUCUGAUUUCUACUUCCUAAACCCGGAGGUAAACUCCAACUGCACUAAUCUGGAGCUUGAGAAAUCCUACUGCGUCUCGGCUGUCGGCGACAUAUCCACCUACCCAGGCUACACAACAGCAACAGCCACCGACGGCUCCUCAGCCCCCACAAUUCCCGCGACGUCGACCAUCUCAUUCGGCUCCUGGGUCAACCUCGACGACCUGCCCACCGCAACCCAGCCCGUCGUCUCAAGCCCCGCAAACACCGGCUUCCCGCUCGCCAACGGAACGCGGGCAGACUGCCUGACGUACGACGACAACGCCCGCGGCGACGUGAGCUGCAACAUCAUCACAGACGAGUACUUCGUGCAGCAGUCGAUCUUCCUGCAAUGGAACCCGAGCCUGGACACAUACAACUGCAUCCUGAAAAACGAGACCAGGUACUGCGCGCUGCUCGGCAACGGCUACGCGGAUCUGUCGCCCUUCACGCCCGCGUACGCCAGCAAGCCUGACAACGCGGCUGCGAACAGCACUGAGAAGUGCUAUGACUGGUGGGAGACGGCCGAUGGCGAGGAUUGCCAGUACGUCCUGGAUUCGAGCAGCAUCACGAUCAAAUACUUUUACCAGUGGAACCCUGCGGUCAAAGACGAUUGCUCGAACCUUUGGAUGGAGACUUCCUACUGUGUCAUGGGCGAGAACUGGGAGGAGGCUCAGCAGGCGGCCGUGACUCUGCCCGUUGCUUCCCAAACGCCCAGCGCGACGACGACGCCGAACACCACGCCGACCACGACUGCCGCGACGGCUACUUGCACCGGCACAACCGUCAAGCCGCCUGGCGCGACGAUGACUGGGACACCUUGCAAGUGCAACAAGUAUGCGGAGCGCGAGGAUGGGAAAUACUGCUAUGACCUGGCUCAAGACAACAACAUCACGCUCGACGAGUUCUACAAGUGGAACCCCGGUGUGGGUGAUGACUGCCAGUAUCUGCAAAGCGGUUAUGUCUAUUGCGUCGGUGUUUCUUCUUAA